CGCCUACCCCGCAUAGCAGUCCCUGCAGCAGAGCUGGUGUGACAUGGGAAGUGAGCAGUGCAGGGGAAAGGAGGGACACGGCUUAGUACCCCCCACUCCAGAGCAAGUGGAAAACAGACAUCAAACGGUUAUUUGUACUGCAGUAGGGACUAGGCGCACUAGCCACGGAGCAGGCCCCCGUUGUGCUAGGGACUGUACGAACACAGAACAAAAUGAUGCUGCCUGCCCCAAAGAGCUGAUGGCUUGUGACCGAGAGUCCUGAGCCAGUCGGGCUGCAUGCUGCCCUUUGCGCUGGGCAGAUCGUCAGUGGCGGUCAGUUUAUCCCGUUACCCAUGGAGGCCAGAAACACUAAAUUCCAUGGUAAGGCAGACAGAGAAAGGGAGAGUGAAACAUUUGCUGGGUCGCCCUUAUCAGCCACAGCUGUCUUCUUUGGACUGUUCCUUACCUGAUAAGGAGACGGGAAUGUGCUGAAAUAACUUUAUUGCUUUCUAUCUCGGCUCUUGCCUUGGUUAGGUUUGAAAACGAGGGAGGGUUCGGGCUUUAUGAGCUUCCUGCUAGCACAAAGAUCUGGCCACUAGCCCCACCUGGGAAGUCAACAGCCGUGUCUGUAAGAAGUUCCCGUGCCGUGGUUCCAGACAAGGUGGACAAAUGUAGCUAGGAAGCAACUAGGCAAGAAAGCUGAAAUUCACAAGCCUGCUGGUAGAGAAAUACUCCGCCCCUUUCCCCCACACACACACCCUAAGUACUGCUGGUAAUUACGGGCCCCACGUGAGUGUCUGAGCUUCUCGCCAGCCAUGACUUUUAUUCUUCUGCACGCACCCCCACGUGAGAUGGGAGUUUUAUUAUCCCAUUUACAGAAGGUGAAGCUGACUUAUGGCGAGCGCAGGGGUGAUUUUUAAAGAUAGCAGCAAGUUGCUGGGAAACCAUCCACCUGUGUACGGGACGCUUCUGCAGGGCCCUGGUAAAUCCUGCAUGGAGGUUAGCGGUUACCAAAGCAGAACAUGGCGGAUAAUCCUUUGCUACGUCUUCUCUGUGCUGACGGCAGGAAUCCUAUUGAUCGUCUUUCGCUGGAAACCAAGCCUGGAGGUCCGAGCAAAGUGCAGACCGUGUGCUCUGCGGCAAGCCGACUGGAUCAUAAUCACAGAUCAGUUCGGGCAGUGCUUUGUUACCCAGGUGCAAACUGAACAGCUCGGUGAGGGCAGCCUUGAGCAUCAUCCUGGGGCCAGAGCCGAUGAUGGGAGAACCAGCGUCGCCGUUGGAGUGUUGGACGAUGACGACAGCAGAGACACAGUCCGGCUUCAUAGGAAGGAGGAGAAAAACAUCGUGCACUACUAUCUCUUUGAAGGGUCACGCUACGUCUGGAUUGAAAGACGGCAGGCGUUCUGCAAAGUCAGAUCCACACUAACACGGCUACCCCUCCGAUUUUUGGUGCAUGUAUUUUUCAGUGUCUUAGAUGAUGGCUGGACCUGUGCAGACAUCCAUCUCUCCCAGUCAGGCCUCAGCCAGCAAGACCACAGCACCAGGAGAAAGGUCUAUGGGCCAAACCUGAUUGAUGUGCCGGUCAAAUCCUACCUCAGGCUGUUGGUGGAUGAGGUGUUGAAUCCCUUCUACAUCUUCCAGGUUUUCAGUAUCAUUUUGUGGCUCUGUGAUGCCUACUACUACUAUGCUGCCUGCAUAUUCGUCAUCUCUGCAGUAUCCAUAGGGCUGUCUCUCUAUGAGACUAGAAAGCAAAGCGUGACAUUGCAGAACAUGGUGAAGAUGGUCAUCGGCGUGAGAGUCCUCCGAGCCGCUGGAGAGGAGGUGGUGAGCUCUCUGGACCUGGUGCCGGGUGACUGCAUCAGUCUCCCCUCCGACGGGUUCUUCGUCCCCUGCGACGCUGCGCUGCUGACCGGCGAGUGCAUGGUCAACGAGAGCAUGCUGACAGGGGAGAGUGUCCCAGUGAUGAAGACGCCUUUACCCAGUGACCCCCAAGCUACCAACAUGAUCUAUUCCCCCGAGGAGCAUAAACGACACACGCUGUUCUGCGGGACUCAGGUCCUCCAAGCCAAAUCCUAUGUGGGCAAGGAGGUCCUGGCUGUGGUGACACGCACAGGGUUCUGUACGGCCAAAGGGGACCUGAUCAGCUCUAUCCUCUACCCCAAGCCCGUGAGCUUCAGGUUCUACAGGGAUGCGGUGAAGUUUGUCCUCUUCCUUGCAGUUCUGGCUCUUAUCGGCACCGCAUACAGCAUCGUGAUUUUAAUUAAAAACCAGGUUCCUCUCCAGCAAAUAAUCAUCCGUGCACUGGAUGUCAUCACAGUCAUCGUGCCCCCGGCUCUCCCUGCUGCAAUGACCGUGGGCACCAUCUAUGCCCAAAACAGGCUGAAGCAGCACGGCAUCUUCUGCAUCAGCCCUCCUCGGAUUAACCUGUGCGGGAAAAUCCGCCUGGUCUGCUUUGAUAAGACAGGGACCCUCACAGAGGAAGGCCUGGAUGUCUGGGGUGUCGUUCCUGUGGAGAAUAACUGCUUCCUGCCCAUCACCCAUGAGCCCCGCUGCUUGGCCGAUGGCCCCUUGCUGUACUCGCUGGCCACCUGCCAUGGUGUCUCUCUGCUGAGGGAGCAGCCCAUAGGAGACCCCAUGGACCUCAAGAUGAUGGAAUCCACCGGCUGGAUCCUGGAGGAGGCCACAGGGGAGGAGGCCAAGCUGCAUGCAGGCCAGCACUUCGGGACAAAGGUCCUAGCGACGAUGAGGCCGCCCCCUCUGGAAGAACAACCCCACGGCAUGAAACACAUGGUGUCCAUUGGGAUUCUCCGUCGGUUCCCGUUCUCCUCCUCUCUGCAGAGGAUGAGCGUCCUGGUGAAGCUGCCUGGCGACGCCCCUUCAGAGGCGUACAUAAAGGGGGCUCCAGAGAUGGUGGCCAGUCUCUGUAAGGAAGAAACAGUCCCUCUGGAUUUCUCCCAGUUGUUACGACACUACACUGCAGAUGGUUUCCGGGUCCUGGGGCUCGCCUACAAAACGCUAACUACUGUCAGAACCUUUGAGGAAGCUCAGCAGCUGACAAGGGAAUCCGUAGAGAGUGGAAUGACUCUCCUUGGCUUCCUAGUGAUGAGAAACGUCCUCAAGGCAGAGACGGCCCCUGUGAUCCACCUGCUGAGGAACGCAAACAUCCGCACCGUCAUGGUGACAGGGGACAACAUGCUGACCGCGGUGAACGUGGCCAAGAGCUGCCGGAUGGUGGAGCUGAAGGAGCGGGUGGUGUUCGUGAACGCCUCGCCGCCCAGCCACAACAAACCCGCUGCCCUCAAAUUCAUCCUCUCCGAUGACUCCCAGGGGCAGGAGCAGCCACAAGGCCUGUACCAGCAGGAUGGCUGUUCACUCGAGCAGCAGCCCUGCCACUUGGCACUGAACGGGAAAUCCUUCGCUGUGGUCUGUGAACACUUCCCCCACCUGCUACCCAGGAUCUUGAUUCAGGCCACGAUUUUCGCUCGCAUGUCGCCGGACCAGAAAACACAGCUGGUUUGCAGGUUACAAGACCUUAACUAUUGCGUGGGGAUGUGUGGGGACGGCGCCAACGACUGCGGAGCGCUGAAGGCGGCCGACGUGGGGAUCUCUCUCUCGGAGGCGGAGGCCUCCGUGGCUUCACCGUUCACCUCCAGAAUCGCCAACAUCGAGUGUGUGCCCGUGGUCAUAAGGGAAGGCCGAUGUUCUCUGGUCACCUCCUUCGGGGUUUUUAAGUACAUGGCCCUGUACAGCCUGGUGCAAUUCGUCUCAGUGCUUCUACUCUACACGAUUAACACCAACCUGAGUGACUUCCAGUUCCUCUUCUUUGACCUGGUCAUCACUAUGACCGUGGCUGUGCUGAUGGGCAAGACCGGACCUGCCAAGGAGCUGGGCACAAAACGUCCCCAGGGGGCACUGAUCAGUAUCGUUGUCCUCGGCAGCCUCCUCUUCCAAACAGCUGUGUUGAUCACAGUUCAAGUCAUGAGUUACUUCAUCACAGUCUCACAGAGCUGGUAUAUCCCGCUGAACAGCACGGUGAGCGCCCCGCAGAACCUGCCCAACUACGAGAACACCGUGGUGUUCUGCAUCUCGGGCUUCCAGUACCUGAUCCUCGCUGUCGCCAUGUCCAAGGGGUACCCCUUCCGGGAGCCACUGUACACCAAUGUGCCGUUCCUGCUUGUCCUUGUUGCUCUCUUCGGCCUGACGAUUGGGAUAACUCUCUACCCGCUGGGCUUCGUGAGAGCCGUGCUGAAGCUGAAAGACAUAAGCGACACAAGCUUCAAGAUGCUGCUGCUAGGCAUAGCCACACUCAACUUUUUCACAGCCUUCAUGCUGGAGGCCGCCCUGGAUCACGGCAUGCUUAACUGCCUGCGGCAGCUGCGCCGGAAGAGGGCCUCCAAGAAGCUGUUCAAGAGGCUGGAGCAGGAGCUCAGUCAGCAGCAGCUGUCCUGGCCGCCAUUGAACGAACCGCUCUUCGCCACGCCCAAAAUGUCCAUCUCCGGGAGCUAGCCCCGGCCCCUGGAGAGCCCUCGCUCCAGGGCCAGUGUCCGUGAGUCCAGCAACACCCUGGGGGAGCUUUCCAGCCUUCCCCAACACAGCUCCAUUUAUUUAUGUUCAUCUGUCCAUCGCUGCCUUCCCCAUGGGCUCUGGCUAUUGCAGGGUUCUCAGUGCCCAGCCCCAGUGAGACUCCUCAUGCUGAUCGCCCCAAGGUGCUCGCCUCAGGGGAUGGAUGCGGGAGGCAGAGGAAGGGCCAGGGAGCCCAUCUCCCCUGGGAUGCAAGUACUCAACCCGACCUCACUCUGGAAAGCAGAGCAGGUGGGGUUACCACGGGGAAGGCCUCAGCAGCAUUACCACAGAGCAGCUGCCCUCCGCUCGGAAAACUAUUCCAGCUCUCUGGCGUGCCUGGGUCAAGCACCAGUCAGGAUCAGAUACAAGCAAGUGACUGGUCCAGUCGCGCCUGUGACUCAGAAAGAGGAGCUGUCCAGGACUGCUGCUGUGUCGUAGUCACAGCACCCUGUCGAAUGGUUACCUUCCCCGUAAGGGGCCCCAGCUGAUCCUUCAUCCCCUGUGGGACUGCACUCUUUCACUUGCUGUGGGUGGCUAGGUCAGAUCCACAGCUGGGUGAUUUGCCCUGGACUGGGCAUGGAGCAGUCCUCACAGCUAUGUUGCACCUUGUCGGGGAGAGAUGGGGGGGGCAAUGUUUGAAAAGGGGGAACCCCUCCUGCCCUGCACCCUUGUGCCCUUGGUGUUAAAAGCCACUAAUAAAAGAUGGCCUCUAUUGCCAUGGUGCUGCACUCGUCUUGUGGCUCCUCUCACUGUGAACAAGCCACCUGCAUCCCUCCGCAGACGAGGUGGUGACCUCCAAACGGCCACACGUAGCAGACACUGUUAGCUUGCCAGACCUGUGUGCAACCCAGCUGCUGUAGCAAACGAAAGUGUUACCUGCCACGUGUGAUGCUCAUCGCUCACUGAGAAACAGGCAUGACAAGCUGCUGGAACGUGACAGAGGAUGGGAUUAGAGAUAUUUAAUUAAGAAUAUUGUUGAGAGCUGUAUUUAUUCCAUCCCCCCUCUCGCCUGUUCAUCAGAGCAGGUAGAAUUGUAGCAGUCGGCUGUCCUGUCCAUCCAAACUGAUCCUUGUCUCCACUCUUGGGCAGCGCAUGGAUUGCUGCUACUGUUCCAAGAAGCUGGGUCACUUGCCACCACUGUACUGCAGAAGCUGCGAGCCAGAUGCCAGGUUUGUGCACUCCCACUACUGAUGGGUCCUCUGCUACAACGUUACUGGUGACGCUUUGGCAAAGUGAUGGAAUUGAAAUGGAAAAUGUGUAGCAUGUACGCUCUGUUUUUAUUUGUCAAAGUGUAUCUAGAGGGUGUGUGUGUGUGUGUGUGCGUGUGUGUAAAUCAUGUCCAAUCUCCAACUUCGCUGUGUUGCUUUUUUUUGAGUGUAUCUAAUAAAUGAACAUUAUUUUCUUGAAAA